CUGCUGCCUCUGCUGCCUUCGCUGCUGGCUGGGGGAGGGAGCCACGGGGCCCUAGCCGAGGUGCUGUUCCGCUGUCCCCCUUGCACCCCGGAGCGCCUGGCUGCCUGCGCUCCCCCUUCCGCAGGGCCAGUUGCGCCUCCAGCGGUGCCCCCAGCUGCCGCCGCCGCCGCAGUCUUGCCCUGCACCGAACUGGUCCGGGAGCCCGGCUGCGGCUGCUGUCCGGUCUGCGCCCGGCUGGAGGGCGAGGCGUGCGGUGUCUACACCCCGCGCUGCGCCCAGGGGCUCCGCUGCUACCCACACCCGGGCUCGGAGCUGCCCCUCCAAGCUCUGGUCCAGGGCGAGGGCACUUGCGUCAAGCUACGGGACACCGAAUAUGGCACCAGCCAGGAGCAGGUUGCAG